CUCUCUAGGUAUCGUGCAUGCUGAUGUUCUUGUGACUCCAUCAAUACCUGCUGCUUCAACCACCUCCAAACACACUUCAGCUGUGACUACACCACUUCCAACCACACAUCACAACACAACUAAUUCCACCACAGAAGCGCCAACUACUCCACAUCACAACACCACAAAUUCCACCACAGAAGCGCCAACUACUCCACAUCACAACACCACAAAUUCCACCACAGAAGCGCCAACUACCGCACACACUAAUGCUACAACAGCCCCAACUCCUCCUCCAACAUCAUCUCCUGUCCCCAACCCAACUGUUGGAAACUACAAUGUCAAGUCACACAAUGACACAGUCUGUCUUUUGGCAAAGAUGGGUCUUCAGUUCAGUUUCAAAAUGAGUGAGAAUGCCAGCUUCCAGACUCUUAAUCUUGACCCGAGUCCUAAUGUAACAGAAGUGAAUGGAACCUGUGGAAGUGGUGGCAGUGACUCUUCCCUUGUGCUGAAGUCAGAUGAAAUCACAGUUCAUUUGGUCUUCACAAAUGUUUCACAGAAGUUCCGUCUACAUGCUUUGAUGCUCUCUGUUAAUCUUACAAAUGGAAAUGUUUUCAAUGCCUCCAAUAAUAAUUUGUCUCUAUGGGAGGCAUCUGUCGGAAGCUCCUACAUGUGCAAAAAAGAGCAGAGUUACAACAUCACUGACAAGCUUACCAUCAACACGUUCGAACUACAGGUGCAGCCCUUCGCAGUCCAGAACAACAAGUUUAACACAGCUGAGGAUUGCGUCGCAGAUGAGCCUGAUAACUUCAUUGUCCCUAUAGCAGUGGGAGUUGCCCUGGCCAUCCUCAUUAUUAUUGUCUUACUGGCCUAUGUGAUCGGACGAAAGAGAAGUCAGACCUCUGGCUAUGAGCAGUUUGAUUCGUAAUAUUAAUCUGAGAAAAUGAAUGCGUCCAUGCAAAUUCUGGCUAAUCUAGCAGUAUUUCAUGAAUCUAAUCAUUUCAGUUUAUGUGCACAUAAAUUCUUUUGAAAC